AUGGCAGCGCUGGUGGCUGAGUAUCAGCAGGCGGCAGCUGAAGGUCUUGGCUCCAACCAGAAAGCCGUGAAGUACUUGGGCCAGGACUUUGAGACCCUGAGGCAGAAGUGCUUGGACUCAGGGGUCCUAGUUAAGGAUCCAGAGUUCCCAGCGUCCCCACCAGCCUUGGACUACGAGGAUCUUGGACCAUGCUCCCCCCAGACUCAAGGCAUUGUUUGGAAGCAGCCCGUGGAAUUGUGUCCCAGCCCUCAGUUUAUCGUUGGUGUAGCCACGUGUGCAGACGUUUGUCAGGGUGUGCUAGCUCAUUCCUGUGAACGGGCGCUGUGUUUCCUCCCGCGGUUCUGGCAGUAUGGAGGGUGGGUGGAGGUGGCGGUGGACGACAGGCUGCCCACCAAGGACGGGGAGCUGCUCUUCCUGUGCUCCGAGGAAGGCAGUGAGCUCUGGAGCGCGCUGCUGGAGAAGGCCUACGGCUUUGAGGAUUUCACAGGUGGCAUCUCUGAGUUUUAUGAGCUGAAGAAGCCACCAGCCAGUCUGUUUCAGAUCAUCCGGAAGGCCCUUCGAGCAGGGUCUCUGCUGGCCUGCUCCAUUGAUGUCUCCAGUGCAGCUGCAGCAGAAGUCAUCACCAGCCUGAAGCUGGUUAAGAGUCAUGCGUCCUCUGUCACUGGAGUCGAAGAGGUGGAUUUCCGGGGCCAUCCAGAGAAGCUGAUGAGACUCCGGAACCCGUGGGGCGAAGUGGAAUGGAUGGGGGCCUGGAGCGAUGAUGCACUAGAGUGGAAUUACAUAGAUCCCAGGCAGAAAGAAAAGCUGGACAAGAAAGCUGAGGAUGGAGAGUUCUGGAUGUCUUUUUCGGAUUUCUUGAGGCAGUUCUCUCGGCUAGAGAUCUGCAACCUGUCCCUGGACUCCCUGAGCAGCGAGGAGGUGCACAAGUGGAACCUGAUUCUAUUCAAUGGGUACUGGAUACGGGGCUCCACUGCCGGCGGCUGCCAGCACUCCGCAGCCACUUACUGGACCAAUCCCCAGUUCAAAAUCUGUUUGGACGAGGUAGGCGACCACCAGGAGGAGAGCAUUGGUGAACCCGGCUGCACGGUGCUGCUGGGGCCGCUGCAGAAGAAUCGCAGGCGACAGAAGAGGAUGGGACAGGGCAUGCUCAGCAUAGCCGAUGCUGUCUACAAGGUCCCCAAAGAGCUGGAGAGCCACAGGGAUGAGCACCUGGGCCGGGUCUCCUUCCUGGGCCGCAAGCCUUCCGCCCGCUCCAGCACCUACGUCAACCUGCGCGAGGUCUCGGCAUGUGUGCAGCUGCCCCCCGGGGAGUACGUGGUGUUGCCGUCCACCUUCGGGCCCUUCAAGGACGGCGACGUCUGCCUGAGGGUGUUCUCGGAGAAGAAGACCAAGGCCCUGGGCAUGGAAAUUGGGGAUGUAGUAGCUGGAAGCCCACAUGAGAUAUGCGACAGAUGUAGUGGACAAGAAGACGGCCAGCUCUGGAGCCUGUUUGAGAAGCUUGCAGGGAAGGAUUCUGAGAUCAGUGUCAAUGAACUCAAGACGGCUCUGAAUGAGGUGUUUUCCAAACGAACAGACAUCAAAUUCGAUGGAUUCAACAUCAACACUUGCAGGGAGAUGAUCAGCCUGAUGGAUAGCAAUAGGACGGGCACCUUGGGGCUGGUGGAAUUCAAGAUGCUCUGGUUGAAGAUUCAGAAGCAGCUGGAAAUCUAUCGGGAAACUGAUUAUAACCACUCGGGGACCAUUGAUGCCCACGAGUUGAGGACAGCCCUGAAGAAGGCAGGUUUCACCCUUAGCAACCAGGUACAGCAGACCAUUUCCAUGCGGUAUGCAUGCAGCAAACUUGGCAUCGACUUUGACAGCUUCCUUGCUUGUAUGAUCUGCCUGGAGACCCUCUUCAAACUGUUCAGCCUUCUGAACAAGGACCAGAAUGGCAUUGUCCGGCUCUCUCUGGCAGAGUGGCUGUGCUGUAUAUUGGUCUGACCCAGGGUUGUGGACAUUGGUGAUGCUCCCUGCCAGCCUGCCUGCCUCUUUUCUCCCUUUCUUUACAGUUUUGUGAACAUUUAUCCUCAAGGGGGCAUUCACUGGUUAUUCAUCUCUUCCUUGCCGUUUCUUGUUCCCUGAGAUCCUGGCCUGUCCCGCUGGAGCAGUCCGGGGAGCCCGAGAUCUCUUUCAGCAGCAUUUAAGCUGAUCCCAGAGCACAAUGGAGAGACAGAAAUUAAUUAAAGUUGUGGGUCAAAAUGGUUUCUGCCUUCCUCUAGCGAUAUGUAAUCUGGGGGGUGCCCUGGGGUGUUCCUGCUUUAGAAAAGACGUUCUUGAGCAAUGACGCAGCCCAAAGCUGCUGAAAGAUGUGAAAUGUGGGUGAAUUUCUUGGAUGAAAGGUCUGCUAUAGAUUAAACUGCCUCUGGGGACUGCCUUCAGGAAAGGAGCUGCCCCCGCCCUUCCGAGGAGGGUGCAGG